AUGUCUCAACCCGUCAAGUCGGGCGAGAGGCGCCCCUCCACCUCAAAAGGCAACCGUAUCACCAACUUCUUCUCCAGUAGCCCCAAGUCUACUGGCGCUCAGCAAGCUCUCGCCGCCGUUCAGCAGAACCAGGCCACCGCUACUGGCUUUUCUCCUUCCCCUGGUCUGCCAACCAUUUCUCUCUCUACUGCGAGCCCUGGCGACCCCAACAGCAUCGAUACUUCGACUACUACUAUUUUCCAGCCCCAGACUGCUGAGGAGAUUGACCGCCAAAAACGAGCAGAUGCCCAGUUCGGUCCCCUCCUUCAGUCAAGCCAUCGAUACACUAGCCAGUCUCAUGGAGAGCCCCUUGAGCCCCCCGUCGAAGAUGAGCCUCCUUACUAUUUCAUCCUGACCACCUACAUCAGCUACCUUAUUCUGAUUGUUCUUGGUCACAUUCGAGAUUUCUUCGGCAAGCGUUUCGGAAACCCCAAGCACUACCGCGCUCUCAAGGCCAGCAAUGGCUACGCAGCUCUCAAUAGUGAUUUCGACAACUUCUAUGUCCGACGUCUCAAGAUGCGUCUGGAUGACUGCUUCGCUCGCCCUACCACUGGUGUCCCUGGUCGAUUUAUCACUCUGAUGGACCGCAAGUCCGAUGACUUCAACCGCACCUAUCAAUACACUGGCACCCACACCGAGACCCUCAACAUGAGUUCCUACAACUACCUUGGUUUUGCUCAGUCUGACGGACCCUGUGCCGAUGCUGUGGAGGAGUGUGUUAAGCGAUACGGUAUCAGCUUCUGCAGCCCUCGCGGUGCUGCCGGUACUUCUGAUCUUGCUUUGGAGGUUGAGCGUGAGGUUGCCGACUUUGUUGGAAAGCCCGCUUCAAUGGUCUUCUCCAUGGGUUACGUUACCAACUCCAGCUCUUUCCCUGCUAUUGUCUCCAAGGGUUGUCUUAUUAUCUCUGAUGAGCUCAACCACGCUUCCAUCCGUGUCGGUGCUCGUCUUUCUGGCGCUGUCAUCCAGUCCUUCAAGCAUAACGAUAUGGUCGACCUCGAGCGUGUUGUGCGUGAGGCUAUCUCUCAAGGUCAACCCCGUACUCACCGCCCCUGGAAGAAGAUUCUUGUCGUUGUUGAAGGCCUCUACUCAAUGGAGGGUACCAUGUGUGAUCUUCCUGGUAUUCUCGUUUUGAAGAACAAGUACAAGUUCUACCUGUUCAUCGAUGAAGCUCACUCUGUCGGUGCUCUUGGACCCCGUGGUCGUGGUGUCUGUGAUUACUUUGGCAUCGAUCCUGCUGAGAUUGAUAUUCUUAUGGGAACCCUGACAAAGUCCUUUGGCGCCAAUGGUGGUUACAUUGCCGCUGACAAACACAUCAUCGACAAGCUCAAGAGCACCAACGCUGCCACCCAGUAUGGCGAGACACCCGCUCCUUGCGUCCUCAUGCAGAUUCUGGCUUCUCUGAAACUCAUCACUGGCGAGUUGUGCCCUGGCCAAGGUGAAGAGCGUCUGCAGCGUAUUGCCUUCAACUCCCGAUAUCUGCGCCUUGGACUUAAGCGUCUUGGUCUCAUCGUUUAUGGCCAUGACGACUCUCCCAUCAUUCCUGUUAUGCUCUACCACCCCGCCAAGCUUCCCGCCUUCAGUCAUGAGAUGCUUCGACGCAACAUCUCUGUCGUGGUCGUCGGUUAUCCUGCCACCCCACUCAUCAGCUCCCGAGCCCGUUUCUGUGUUUCAGCUGCCCACAACAAGGACGAUUUGGACCGUCUGUUGGCGGCAUGUGACGAAGUUGGCGACACUUUGCAGAUCAAGUUUUCCACUGGUGUAGCCGGCGGUCUAGACCAUCUCCCGGAAGGCGUUUCACCCGAGAACGAGGAAGAAUGGAGGAGAGAAAACCGAAUUCCUAUCAAGGCCCCUCGCUGGCGAUUGGAGGAUGUCAUUCGACACGGUGUUCAGGAUUCCAAGCUUCCCCUUCGCUAA